UUAAUGGAUAAAGCCGCCGGCUCGGCCUGAAGGAGGCUCUGCUUACUGUGUAGGUCACCCGCGGCCCCACGCACAGCAGCAGGAGCAGGAAAAUGACCCAUGGCUUGGUUUCUUUCUUGCAGCUCUUCAGCAUGGAGGGGAAGGAGAACAGGUGAAGCGACCCGGCUCUGAAGAGUGAGCACCCUGCCCAGCCGCCCCUCGAAACCCACCCCCGUAGAGCCUUAGGGAGACAGAAAUGCCUGCGGGGAUGAAUAAGCAUGGAUCUCGGUCUACUACCUCUUUGCCUCCAGACCCCAUGGAGAUCGUUCGGAGCAAGGCCUGCUCCCGCAGGGUCAAGCUGAAUGUGGGGGGUCUGGCACAUGAAGUUUUAUGGAGAACCCUGGACAGGUUACCACGGACCAGACUGGGUAAGCUCAGAGACUGCAACACUCAUGAAUCCCUCAUGGAAAUAUGUGAUGACUAUAACCUGGAGGAGAAUGAGUAUUUCUUUGACAGGCACCCCGGGGCAUUUACUUCAAUCUUGAACUUCUACCGCACGGGCAAGUUGCACAUGAUGGAGGAGAUGUGCGCUUUGUCCUUCAGCCAAGAACUGGACUAUUGGGGGAUCGAUGAGAUCUAUCUGGAGUCAUGCUGCCAGGCGAGAUACCACCAGAAGAAAGAGCAAAUGAAUGAGGAGCUGAAGAGAGAAGCUGAGACACUGAGGGAAAGGGAAGGAGAGGAGUUUGAUAACACCUGCUGCGCCGACAAAAGGAAAAAACUCUGGGAUCUUCUAGAGAAACCCAACUCUUCAGUAGCGGCCAAGAUUUUGGCAAUCAUUUCCAUCAUGUUCAUUGUAUUAUCUACAAUUGCCUUGUCACUUAACACACUUCCUGAACUACAAGGCGUGGAUGAAUUUGGACAAACCACAGAUAAUCCUCAGCUUGCCCAUGUGGAGGCAGUAUGCAUUGCAUGGUUUACAAUGGAAUACCUCUUGCGGUUCCUAUCCUCGCCUAAGAAAUGGAAGUUUUUCAAAGGCCCACUGAACGCUAUUGAUUUGCUAGCUAUUUUACCCUACUACGUCACUAUCUUCCUUACAGAAUCAAACAAAAGUGUACUUCAGUUCCAAAAUGUACGACGGGUGGUUCAGAUAUUUCGGAUCAUGAGGAUACUCCGAAUUCUAAAGCUUGCCAGGCACUCGACUGGUUUACAAUCCUUAGGAUUUACACUGAGGAGGAGCUAUAAUGAGCUUGGAUUACUCAUCUUGUUUUUGGCCAUGGGCAUUAUGAUCUUUUCCAGCUUAGUGUUUUUUGCAGAAAAAGACGAAGAUGAUACAAAAUUCAAAAGCAUCCCAGCUUCCUUCUGGUGGGCAACUAUCACCAUGACAACAGUAGGCUAUGGAGACAUCUACCCCAAAACUCUUUUAGGUAAAAUAGUAGGAGGGUUGUGCUGCAUUGCUGGAGUACUAGUGAUUGCUCUUCCAAUCCCAAUCAUUGUCAAUAACUUCUCUGAGUUCUACAAAGAGCAGAAGAGGCAGGAGAAAGCUAUCAAGCGCAGAGAAGCACUCGAAAGAGCAAAAAGAAAUGGCAGCAUUGUCUCCAUGAAUAUGAAGGAUGCUUUUGCCCGCAGUAUAGAACUGAUGGACAUUGUGGUAGAAAAGAACGGUGAAGGUGUAAGCAAAAAGGAUAAAGUUCAGGACAAUCACUUAUCUCCCAACAAGUGGAAAUGGACCAAGAGAACUCUCUCAGAAACUAGCUCUAGUAAAUCUUUUGAAACAAAGGAACAGGGAUCUCCAGAAAAAGCUCGGUCCUCUUCUAGUCCCCAGCAUCUGAAUGUCCAGCAGUUGGAGGACAUGUACAAUAAAAUGGCAAAGGCUCAAUCACAGCCAAAUCUCAACACUAAAGAGUCAGGUCAGCCUGGAAAGCCAAAGGAAGAGCUAGAAAUGGAAACUGUUCCUGGCCCUACGGUCCCUCUGCUGACAACCCGUGCAGAUGGGAUCAUUGACAUGAGGAGCAUGUCAAGUAUUGACAGUUUUAUAAGCUGUGCUGCAGAAUUUCCUGAUUCUGGGAGGUUCUCCCACAGCCCACUUGCUACACUUCCCUGCAAAGGUGGUGUUAAUCCAAUUCAGGAGCAAGUCAGGCCGGAGGUGAGUGGGGCCAGGUUUAUAGAGACAAAUCCCAAUGCUGAAGGCAGCCACCACUCUUCUUUUUUCAUAGAAAGUCCUAAAGGGUCCAUCCAAGCCAGUAAUCCUUUAAAAUUAAGAUCUCUGAAAGUCAACUUUAUGGAAGAGGACACCAGCACAUUAGUACCAGCAUCAAAUGUACUGAGAAUAUACCCAGAUCCUUUCAAGAACAGGGGAGUUGCUGCUGCAGAUAGCUCCUUACUCUCUGAUCGAUCAUUAGUGAGUCCAGAAACCUCCAUCUAUACUACUGCAAGUGCUAGAACACCCCCAAAGUCUCCAGAGAAGCAGACAGCAAUAGCUUUCAACUUCCACGAUGCCAGCAUACAUAAAUACAUAGAUGCUGACACUGAUGACGAAGGUCAGUUGCUUUAUGACUCAAGCCCUCCCAAAGGCCUCCCAGGAAACAUAAGCCCCAAGUACAGUGUUACAAACAGUGGUUAUCUAAAGCAAAAGGAUAACAUUUAUAGAACAGAGAAGAACCAUCUAGGGGCUGCUGCUUUACCCACCUCGCCUAAGUUGAUAGGGCAAAACUGCAUUUACUCCAUGGAAGGUAUUACUGGAAAAAGCCAGGGCAAUCAGGAGACUGUCAGACUAGAAAAUCACAUUUCACCAGAGGUCCAUGUAUUACCUGGUGGUGGAGGACACACUAACAUACGUGAUCAAAGCAUCUGAUGUGUGCUCCCCAAAAAAACUUGUUGAAAGUUAAAAGGAAUGUCUUUACACUCAACACAAAAAAGAGCUUCUGCAUGGCAUGAACUUUGACUGAAACAAGCCACCUGUUUCUAAAAGUCUAGGAGGAGGUCCAGUGUGGGUUUGUGAAAAUGUCCUUCUCUGGAACAGCUAUACUAACAUUGCCCAAACUCAUGCUACCAAUGUCAGUCAAAAUAAGGACUACAAAUCUUGAUUACACAUCAGUCUCCUUUCAUGUCCUCCAUUGAAGCCAGUGUGACCAAAUAUACAUCCAAUCCCCUUGUACGAUGGAUCUCCUUUUGGAAAUGUUGACAUCUGAUUUGCAUUGCUUCUGUAAAGGGGGCCAAAGCAGCCAGAUUUGAACUCUGGAACAAAUUACUGGGGUCAGUAUAAAGUUAGCAGAAAUGCAACACUUGCUGCUUCAGCGCAGCUGUUCCAAAUAUUCCCUUCCACAGCUUCCUCUCUGAUGGAUACUAUGCCUAAAGGUAACAGGGAACACUCUCACUAUGGGGAAAAUCAAACCAUUUAAAACAAUGGUGGUCUAGAGAAUUAAAUUAUUAAAAUGCUCUCUGUGUGUUUAUACAAGAUAAUAGUACAAGAUACUGUAGGACCUGAAGUUUUAUUUUGAAAUAUCAGCAGGGUGAGUUGCACCACUUGUAUCUAAUUUAAAACACCCCCCAUUGGAACAUAGUGAAACCCGUGGCUAAAACCAGUACUUACUUUAGGGCUAUAAUAUGGCCCUAGAAUAAACAACAGCCCACGCUGGGAGAGUGUGAAGGAGCCAUGCAGAAGGAGAAAUCUCCAGAGGCAUUUUGGUUGACUCUGCCAGAGUUCCUCCACGGUGCUGGGGGACAGUACACUUACGUGAGAGCUCAGCCCUUUUAUUGGGUGUAGCAUGCUCUUGCUUACUGUUCCACUACCCCACGUCGGCUGUCCUGUGCGGAAGGGUGGGGCCUGAGCCCCUGCCUUGUUUGGAGAGUCCAAGCAUAGUGACAGCCUUAGGUUGUACAGUGCUUGUGUUGUGGCCAGCCCCUGGACAGGAGGGCAAGGAACGGCAGGGAUGGCUCCUUGGGCUCCUCCCACUGCCAUUUGCACUCUCAUGCAAGGGUCAUCUUGGAGAGUCAGAGAGGAGCUGGUCAGUCGGAAGCGUUUUGCACUCAAGCCGUGUGAAAUGAAAAGAUAUGCAAGUGUUAAACAAAUAUGCAAAAAGAGGGAUUGCUGAAUUCUGAACCACUGGCCUAGUUGUGCUCUCACUUGUAAUGAUGCAAAUCAGCAGCGACUCCUCAGAAACCAAAUGGAGUUAUGCACACGCAGAAUGGAAGCAAGUCAGAGAAGAAUCAGGUCCAGAAUUUUAAUAUCAUUCAAUCAGUUUUUUAGAACUGACCAUUUUAAACAAAAACACAACUAGCAGCCACCAGCCUAGGUUUUGGGGUUUUUUUAAAAAAUAUUGUCCUUCGAAUACAAGUUGCAUCAAAUUGUGUAGGAAAUUAAUUUUUGUUUGGUUUUUAAUAUUUAAAAGUAAAAGCACUUUAUGUUGACUUUUUUUUCCUUCACAAAGGUGGAACAACAAAACAGAGUGCAUAUAUAUAGAGAGAGAGAGAAAGAAUCUAGCACUUUAAACAAGCACUAUCUUAAUUUGUGCCUCCUGUCAUGAAUGUGCUUUGUUACACGUCUGUAACAAACCACAAUCCGUCUUGUGAUAACUGUGAUGGUAACCAUUUUAUGUUGCGUCUGUUUUACUGUACAAGUAAACUGUAAAUAACUUAGUCAAUAAGCGUUUCGUACAUAUUUAUGAGUACCUGCUGGGCUGUGUAACUACUUGCAUGCAACAGGUCUUGGUACGUAAACAUAAAGUGUAACUUUUUAUAAAGAAUACAUUGUGUGUUGGAGGAAGCCCAUGAACCACCCGUGUCUGGUGCAUUCUGUUCCUUUCUCUUGUGAAAUAGCUGUUGAUUAGUCCUGAACGUAACGAAUGGUCUGUCCAUCCAAGCUGUACGACACUUCUGUCUGUGAUCAGUAAGAGUGAGUGCAGCACGUACAGACAAAAGCAAUAAGCACAUGUAUGUUUUAAGGAAUCAUUAUGGGUUGUAAGUAUAGUUUUUCAGAUCUCUCCUUGGCACAAUACUGUACACAUGCAGGGAUCCAUAUGUGCUGCAGUUAUCUUGAUAAUUCCCCUAGGGAAUUGGGGUACUUUCUUUUACUUGCUUGUACCUGUUAAUUUCCUUGAGUAAGGAGUAAAAACCGAGUAAUAAUUGCAAGAAUUUGCCCGGUCACCGGAGAGCAGACCUCAUUCCAUGCAAAGAGUUACACAGGUGGUACUCAAGCUAAAUAAAAAGUACCUGUACUCACAAAAGCAUCUUCAGAGAACCUAGACAGGGCCAAUUCCUGAGGGUCCUUAGCUUUUGUUCUGUCCUUACUCAGUCAAAACACCCAUUAAUUUGAACAGGAAUUUUGCCUGAUUAAGGAUUUCAGGCUAUGGCCUGUAGUAAAUACAAGUGUACUUAGGGGAACUAUUGCAUUGCUGAGAUACUUGUUAAGAUUGAGUAAUUAUUAGAAAGUAAAGUUAAAGUGACUUUCCAGCAGAUAAGCUUUAAAUAUUCAUUUAUUCUAUGGGCUCUUAGACCAUAGAGUGGUAAUGAGAAAUUUUAAAGAGAACAGUCUUAACAUAAUCUCUAUGUUUCAGUAAUCAAUCAGUCAUGUCUGCCAUCAGCACAAAUGUAAAAAAAUAAAUUUAAAAAAUUUAAAAAAUCAGGGAAAAAUAACUUUUUU